GGGCAGGAGGAGCGGGGCUGUCAGGAGGCAGAGUGUCCCCAAUCCCUCGGGGACAGACGGGAGGGAGCGGAUCCCGUGAGGGCCGUCGCUCCAGUUUCUUCCCUAACGGCAGGCGGGAGGGAGCGAAAAGGCAGACCGUGUCCCUCACACGGGACAGGCGGGCAGGAGCGGGACCCCGUCCGUUACUCGGGGAGAGAGGGACGGAGCGGGACCGCAGCCCGUGUCUCUCACGGGCAGACGGAAGGGAGCGAGACCGCGUCCCUGACGGUGGCGGAGGAGAUACGGGCCGCUGAGUCCCGGGGCCGUGCAGGGCAGGGCCGGCUUUGAGGGUCCAGGAAGGGCAGCCAGUGUCUCCCUGGCGGGCCGCCCCUUCCUUUCCCCUCAGUGCAGCUGAGCUGGGCUCCUGCUGCUCGGGGAGGGGGCUGGCGGGAGGCGGCAGCUCCCCUCAGCCCGCCGCGCUCCCGGGGGGGUAGGAGGGGGAGCGCUGUCCUGAGCCGCGCCGAGCGGGGAGGAGGCGCUCCCGCACUCGCUUCUGGCCGCCGAGCGGAGUGGCCCCGCCAGCCCCUCAGUUUCACAUCCUUGAAUGUCCUUCUAUUUCUUGAAGAUGAAGAAAAUGAUUGUUUGCUUCCUUCUGCUGUUUGGGCACACUCUGCUUUCCACUAUCUUUGUCAUGGCAAAAGAUCUCCCUGGACGACAAUUCACCCAAAGAAGGGAUAUUAACUCACAAUCUUUACUAGAAAAUACUUGCAACAACAAACGCCUGGACCUGGUCUUCAUCAUUGACAGCUCUCGCAGCGUACGUCACUACGACUUUGAAAAAGUGAAGGAAUUCAUUUUAACCAUCUUGAAGUUUCUGGACAUCAGUCCUGAUGCCACCCGUGUAGGCCUGAUUCAGUACGGCAGCACAGUCAAACAGGAGUUUUCACUGAAGACAUUCAGGAGGAAGCAGGAUAUCGAAAGAGCAGUGAGGAGGAUGAUGCACCUGGCAACUGGCACCAUGACCGGACUGGCCAUUCAGUAUGCAGUGAACAUUGCGUUUUCAGAGUCAGAAGGAGCUCGACCUCUGAAGCAGAAUGUGCCCCGAAUUAUCAUGAUUGUGACAGAUGGGAGACCACAGGAUCCAGUGGCAGAGAUUGCUGCUAAAGCACGCAACUCGGGAAUCUUGAUUUUUGCCAUUGGAGUGGGAAGAGUAGAUAUGAACACACUGAAGUCUAUUGGCAGUGAACCACAUGAAGAGCAUGUGUUUCUGGUUGCUAAUUUCAGUCAGAUUGAAACACUGACAUCUGCAUUCCAGACUAAACUUUGUGUGCCCCAUAUGUGCAGUAUAGUUGAACAUCAGUGUGAUCACUUCUGCAUAAACACCCCAGGCUCCUACCUAUGCAGAUGUAAACAAGGAUACAUUCUGAAUGCUGACCAUAAGACUUGCAGCACUCAGGACCUUUGUGCUGUGGAGAAACAUGCAUGUGAGCAGAUUUGUGUGAACACACCUGGGUCUUACGUCUGUCAGUGUUAUGAAGGCUAUGAGCUUGAUGCAGAUGGAAAGAAUUGUAUUGUUGUAGAUUACUGUGCUUUGGAUAAUCAAGGUUGCCAACAUGAAUGUGUUAACACUGAGGACUCGUAUUACUGUAGAUGCCACCCAGGGUUCAUUUUAAAUCCUGACAAAAGAACUUGCAGAAGACCAGACUAUUGUGCGCUUCAGGACCAUGGCUGUGAGCAAGAAUGUGUUAAUACAGACAAUUCCUAUUUUUGUCGAUGCCAAGAAGGGUUUAGACUUAAUCCAGAUAAAAAAACAUGCAAAAGAGUGGACCACUGUGCUGAAAGCAGUCAUGGCUGUGAGCAACUGUGCCUGAAUACUGAUAGCUCCUAUGUCUGCCAGUGCUCUGAAGGAUUUGUCAUCAAUGAGGACCUAAAAACCUGCACACGAGUUGACUAUUGUGCUCUGAAUGAUCAUGGCUGUGAACAUUUGUGUGUAAAUGGCGACAGAUCUUACACUUGUCAGUGUUUUGAAGGAUACAGGCUUCGUAACGAUGGAAAAACAUGUAAACGUAAAAAUGUCUGCAGAUCAGUCAACCAUGGCUGUGAGCAUAUUUGUGUCAGUACUGACAAUUCCUACAUCUGUAAGUGUCGUGAGGGAUUCGUAUUGAGAGAAGACGGCAGGACGUGCAGGAGACGAGACAUCUGCAAAUCAGUCAGCCAUGGCUGUGAGCAUAUUUGUGUUAAUGAAGAUGACUCAUAUAUUUGCAAGUGUCAUGAGGGUUUUCUGCUGAGAGAAGAUGGGAAAACAUGCAGACAUAAAGACAUUUGCAGUUCAGUUGACCAUGGCUGUGAACAUGUUUGUGUUAAUGCUGAUGAGUCAUACAUCUGCCAGUGUUAUGAGGGAUUUGCACUAAGGGAAGAUGGAAAAACAUGUAGAAAUAGAGAUGUUUGCAAUUCCGUUGACCAUGGCUGUGAGCAUGUUUGCGUGAAUACUGAUAGUUCAUACAUUUGCCAGUGCUAUGAAGGUUUUAUACUGAGAGAAGAUAAGAAAACAUGUAGACAUAAGGACAUCUGCAAAUCAGUCAGUCAUGGCUGUGAACACCUUUGUGUGAAUAAUGAGGAUUCAUACACUUGCCAGUGCCAUGAUGGAUUUGUACUGAGGCAAGAUGGGAAAACAUGCCGAAGCAAGGAUAUUUGCAAAUCAGUCAACCAUGGCUGUGAACAUGUUUGUGUUAAUGCUGGUGAAUCAUUUGUUUGUAAGUGUCAGGAGGGAUUCCUGCUAAGAGAAGAUGGAAAAACAUGCAAAAAUAAAGAUGUUUGCAGAUCAGUCAACCAUGGCUGUGAACAUCUUUGUGUUAAUACUGAUGAGUCAUAUAUCUGCAAAUGCCAUGAUGGGUUCCUACUGAGAGAAGAUGGGAAAACCUGCAGAGACAAGGAUGUUUGCAAUUCAGUCAACCAUGGCUGUGAACAACUUUGUGUGAAUACUGAAGAUUCCUAUGUCUGCAAAUGUCAUGAAAAAUUCAUACUGAGGGAAGAUGGAAAGACAUGUAGAUAUCAAGAUGUUUGCAACUCAGUUGACCAUGGCUGUGAACAUAUUUGUGUUAAUACUAAUGAUUCCUAUAUCUGCAAGUGCCAUGAGGACUUCAUACUGAGGGAAGAUGGGAAAACUUGUAGGAGUAAAAAUAUCUGCAAAGCAGUCAACCAUGGUUGUGAACAUGUCUGUGUUCCAACUGGUGAUUCAUACACGUGUCAGUGUCACAAGGGCUUUAUAUUGAGGCAAGACAGGAAAACAUGCAGGAAUAAAGACCUGUGUAAAUCCAUUGACCAUGGCUGUGAACAUGUGUGCGUUAAUAAUAACAAUUCAUACAGCUGUCAGUGCCAUGAGGGUUUUGUCCUGCGACAAGACGGGAAAACAUGUCGAAAGAAAGAUGUCUGCAAAUCAGUUGCCCAUGGUUGUGAACAUAUUUGUGUUAAUAAUGAUGAUUCAUACAUCUGCAAAUGCCAGGAGGGAUAUGUAUUAAAAGAGGAUCAGAAAACAUGUAGAAGAUGCACUGAAGGACCAUUGGACCUGAUGUUUGUGAUUGAUGGAUCAAAAAGUCUCGGAGAGGAUAAUUUUGAAAUUGUAAAACAAUUUGUCUUGGGAGUCCUGGAUACACUUGAGAUUUCACCCAAAGCUGCUCGAGUUGGUUUGCUUCAGUAUUCCAGUGAAGUUCGCACAGAGUUUACAUUAAGGCAAUUCAGCUCAGCCAAAGACAUGAAGAAAGCUGUGUCACAAAUGAAAUAUAUGGGGCGAGGUUCCAUGACAGGACUGGCUCUGAAGCACAUGUUUGAGAGAAGCUUCACAGAAACGGAAGGAGCAAGACCAUUUUCAGCACAUGUCCCUCGAAUCUCCAUUGUGUUUACGGAUGGACGAGCCCAAGAUGAAGUCUCCGAGUGGGCUGCUAGAGCAAAACAAAAUGGUAUAAUUAUCUAUGCCGUUGGAAUAGGACAAGCAAUUGAGGAAGAAUUGCUGGAAAUUGCUUCUGAGCCACCGUACAAACAUCUCUUUUAUGCUGAGGAUUUCACAGCUAUGGAGGACAUCAGUGAAGAGCUAAGAGCCCGAAUCUGUGAAGCCUUGAAAGAGUCAGCUCACCAGCAGGAUCCAUCAUAUGGGAGGAUUCGUAAGACUGGUCCACAGCGUUCAGGUUGGCUGCUUUACCCCAGCAUCCUGAUGUCUCCCCAGUCAUUGCUAAGUUCCCUCUUCACACUGCCUUCUGUACAGAACCCUAACAAUUCACCUGUGAACUGUUUACCCCAUUUCCCUUCCUACCCCCCUCCAAGGCACCCUCCUUUCUGCAACUCAAAUCUACUUUCUGCAAAAUACUGGAGAUUCACUGUAACAAAUGCAUGGCUGCAUGCUUUUUACACCAUCCAAAUGUAUUAUUUCAUGGGGAAACUUGUAUUUCAACACACUGCUUGGUAUUUUAGAGCAUGUUCAGCUUCUAAAUCACUUCUGUUUCUUACAGGAACCUUCACAACUUAAAUCAUGUACACAGUAAAUACAGCCUAACAGCUCAGUUCCUUUACUUCUUUAUAUCCCUUGUCCUCUAAAUGAAUGAGCCUCAUUGCAAUCAGUGAGAUUAAUGACUAGUUAAGAAGUUGGUGCAUUUGAGUAGAAGAAAAA